AUGCCGAUCAGGGAACGUAUCGAGGCGCUGAAGGGUGCGCUGAUGGAGAAGAUGGAGGGACAGGAGAGCGUCAGGUUGCCGAGAAAGUCCAAGAGCGCGACGAGAGGCCAGCUGGAUGAAGCCAGAGCUGCUCAGCUGGGCGACUCGUCAAGUAGACUAGAAGCUAGUGACAUGGGGAGCGUGGUACAAGACGAAGGUGGUGGGGGAGGCAGCGAGGCCUCGCGCAGGCUAUCCCGUCUGGAAAGGAAGAUCGAAAAGAUCGAGAAGCUUUCGAAGAAGGAGAACGUGAACUUUCAGCACAAACAUAAUAGCAUCGAGCAUGGAGUAAGAGGCUUGAAAUCGGCGAGGCAGCAGGCAUCGCAGGAGGGAGCAGAAGAGACAGAUGUACAGAAGGAAAAGCUUGUUGCUAUGAUAGAAGCGAUGAAGAUUGAAAGGGAAGGCAGCUUCAAGCAGCUGCAAGCGUACAUCCAUCAGCGCCACGAAGCCAUGAAACAAGACAUUCAUCGCAAGCUGCUGGAACAGUCUGAACCAGCGAAAGCACAAGAACGAUUCGGGAUGGGGGGAAGGGAUUGGAAGGAGCAGAUAGACAUGCACGACUCCGCUAUGGCAUACUCAGAGAACUUGAUCAUGAUAGCUCUGCAGCAGAAGAUGGACAUGUUGCGCCUUGAACUUCUACGAGAGAAAACGAUCUGGCAGAAGACCAUCGAGCAAGUUCAAGACGCCAUGAGCGGAAUGGUGUUAUCUCUCGCGCUUGUUCUGCAUUCUGACUUGGAUGGAAAGGUGACAUCACUCAAGGAAGAAUUAAGAGCCGAACAAGAAGAAAGAAAGCGAAUACAGACAGAGCUCCUGAUGGUGCUAAAAUCUCAUUGCGCCAAGGUUGUGGAGAAAGAGUACGAAACGAAGGAGAAAGAGGCCAACCCUGACCAGCAGAUGCUGCAGAAGAAAGGCUCGAGGAAAGGAGGGGAGAAGAAGAGCUAG